AUGGAACUAUUCAAGUUCAACCAAACCAAACACAAACAGCCCAUGUAACCUGAAACCAUUCCUUUUCAUUCAUUCUACAACCAUGAGGCUACUCAGAAAAUCACUUUCCCACCACCUCUUCAAACCAAUCUCCAUUCCUUUCUGUACAUCCAAAUCUUCACCGCCCCUUUCAUACUUCACAGCUCUCACCAAUCCAUCUCCAAAACAAAACAUUGUUCCCACCAAUACCCACAUACCCAAUUCACCAAAACAAUCAAACCCCACUUUCAAAAAAACCACACUUCAUGCCCAAAAUCAAAUCUUUAACAAUGAACCCAGUCAUCCAAACUUGUCCAAUUCUUCAAAACAAUCAAAAGCCAUCAAUACCCACAUAACAAAUUCAGCAAAAAAAUCAAACCCCACUUCCAAAACCACAUUUCUUGAUCAAAAUAACAUCUUUAAAAAUGAGCCCAGUUAUCCAAACUUGUUUAAUUCUUCAAAACAAUCAAAACCCAUUAUUAAGACCAAGAUUUAUCAUCUAAAUUCAUACAAGUUCAUUCAAACCAGGCCAUUCUCUAGUGGAAACAAUUCAAAUCCUGCUGAUUCUGCAAUCCCAGUUGUUUCCACUAUUGGUUCACCAUUUGAUGCUUCACAGCCUAUUGAUGCAGGCUCUUCAAUUCGAAAACCGAUUAGUCUAUGGCCUGGAAUGUACCAUUCGCCUGUGACAAAUGCUCUGUGGGAAGCAAGGUCGAGCAUAUUUGAAAAUGUUGUGGAUACAUCAACUGAUGGGGCUUCACAAGAAGAACUUGUGAAGAAAACUCCGGGGCAAAGCCGUACUAGUAUUGUGUAUAAGUUCUCGUCAGAUUAUAUACUCAGAGAGCAAUACAGGAAUCCAUGGAAUGAGAUUAGGAUGGGGAAGUUGUUGGAGGAUCUUGAUGCUCUUGCUGGAACCAUUGCAUUCAAGCACUGCUGCAAUGAUGAUGGCACAACAAGACCUUUGCUAUUAGUUACAGCUUCUGUUGACAAGAUGGUUCUGAAGAAACCCAUCCAAGUUGACGCUGAUUUGAAAAUAGUUGGUGCUGUUACAUGGGUUGGGCGGUCUUCCAUGGAGAUUCAACUAGAAGUGACUCAGUCCAAGAAAGAGGCCACAAAUGGGUUAGAUUCACUAUCUCUUAUAGCUAACUUCACAUUUGUGGCUCGGGAUUCCAACACCGGAAAAUCAGCUCUAGUUAAUCAGGUCUCACCUGAAAGUGAACAAGAGAAGAUACUUUGGGAGGAAGCAGAAGAAAGGAACAAACUUAGGAAAAAGAGGAGAGCAGAACGUAAAAAAGAUUUUGAGAAUGAAGAUUCAGAUAGGCUCAAUGCAUUGUUGGCCGAAGGGCGAAUCUUCUGUGAUAUGCCAGCAUUGGCAGACAGAGAUAGCAUCCUGAUUAGGGAUACUUGCCUUGAUAACUCUUUUAUUUGCCAGCCGCAACAAAGGAACAUCCAUGGUCGUAUUUUUGGAGGAUUUUUGAUGCGAAGAGCAUUUGAACUGGCCUUCUCAACAACUUAUGCCUUUGCUGGUGUACAACCACACUUUCUAGAAGUUGAUCAUGUUGAUUUCUUUAAACCUGUGGAUGUUGGAAAUUUCCUCCGGUUCAAGUCUUGUGUGCUCUACACUGAACUUGAGAACCCAGCUGAACCUCUGAUAAAUGUGGAAGUUGUUGCACAUGUUACAAGGCCUGAGUUCCGGCGCAGUGAGCUGCAGAGCUUAGAAUGCAAAUGUCUUUGUUUUGUUUCAUGUAUUGCAAUUGAACAGGUGUCCAACAAAUUCUAUUUUACAUUCUCGGUCAAUCCUGAGGCUAUGAGAAGUGGACUGAAGAUUCGGAAUGUUGUUCCUGCUACAGAAGAGGAAGCACUGCGGGUGCUUGAACGCAAGGAUGCUGAGGGAUCUUAGUUUGGUAAAUCAUGAAUACAUCUUCUUCUUCGUGAAAGAAUGAAGCAUAAGUGAAGAAAGUGUUACAGACUUUUCUUGAUUUUGAAAAGAUUAUCUUAGCUUGGACUACAGAGAAUCAGUAACAUUUUGGGAUUGGAAAGUAAACCAUUUGUGAUAUGUGGUUUACAAGAACAGUCGGUCCCUUCUUAGCUCAAGCGAGAACAAUAGAAAUUGGGAAAAAUUUAGGUACAAUGUCUUAGGUGUUGUAUUAUAGGUUCUUCAAUUAAAUCAAACAGUUUGAUUGCAUUUAUCAAUACAGCAAAAAUAAUGUUAUCCUCUCCCAAGGAUAAUUAAUUAAAUUGUUUGGCUUCUUGACUAUUGCAAUCACACGGUUGAAUUUAAUUAGGAAACCUAAGAUACAACGGCUAAAGAAUUGUGCUUAAGCUUUGUCCAUAAAAUUUCUUUUAGAAUCUCUCUCAAAUAAGACCAAGUUGACAUUUGAACCAGUAGCCCUCAAAACCCUUUGCCACCUUGGCCGAGUUGUAGGGAUAAGAUUUGAUUCGAUCAGGUAGCUUAAAGACUAUCGAAGUUAUUGAUGUAAAUGUCUACUCAUUUACCCGAGCACAUGUAUUCAUGACUGUCUUGUUCAUAAUUUCUCUAUCUUCCAAAGCAUUUUUGUAUAUAAGUGCUCAGGACUUUUUCUUA